UAGUGCACAGAAUGUCAAGUGUUGUGUUUUCUCUGUGAGAUAAAUAAUACUCCGUAUCUUUUUAUGGCUCUGUAAAAAAUUAUCCUGCAAUAUGGCGCCCCCGCGUGGUAGUUUUAAGGACUAGCAACAAAGACUAACAGCUCCUUAGCAACCAGACGCUUUUACACUGACACAGGUUGAUGCCAAAACACUGCUAUUGGACCAGAAAGUAUUUGCUAAAGGAGAAGAAUUCAUAUCAGAGCGGGUAAAUUUGUCUGCCAUGUAAGCUGGGGAAAAACUUUUUAUCUCACUGUAAAUUAUAUAUAGCACGGACCAAAUAUCCGUUAUGUACUAUAUUCAUAACACUAUGCGCCAAGCUAGCUAUUAGCAUAACUUUGUAAGAUAGCAAAGUUAGCAUCAUAUUAUGGCGACAUGUAAUUGCUUUUUAUUACUUCCCCCGGCUGCGUUUCCUUUCCUUUGUCCAUAGUUUAAUUAUCACUUACAAAAACUCACAGAAAUGAAACGCUGUAGAUAAUAGAGGGAGAUUAAUAAACACAUUUUCUCAAAGGUAGGUCAGCUGCUGUGAAAUUAUGAUACAGAGCAAGAAACAGAAGCCUCAGAGUGAUGAGGAGGUGGUCAAAAAAUUGUGUAUGGUCAAUGGCGUGUCCUAUGAAAAAAUUGCACACGAAGGGAUCAACAUUAGCUCCCUGGAGAUCUUUUUCUCCGGUUUCCCCCGCAUGGUUGGUCUUUCGUUCUUCCCCAGGCUCUGCCAUCUUACUAUAGUCGGCCAGAAUAUAAAACAGAUUGAAGGACUUGAGUGUUGUCCUCUGCUCUGUGAACUCUGGGUAGUGGAAUGCCAUCUGACUAAAAUAUCUGGACUGGAAAAUUGUCUUCAACUAGAGAAACUCUACCUGUAUGACAAUAAAAUCACUGAAAUAAACAAUUUGGAAAUGCAGAUCAACCUGCAAGUCCUGUGGCUCAACAACAACUGCAUAACUGAGAUACAGGGCUUGACCAGUCUUCAAAACCUUGAAGAACUAAAUCUUUCUGAAAAUGAAAUUGAAAAGAUUGGGCAAAGCCUUGAUCUUAAUGUCAGUCUUCAGAAUAUUAAUCUAUCUGGAAACAAGAUCAGAUCCUUUAAGGAGCUGACCAUGCUCGCCCACUUACCCAAUCUGAGAGAGUUAGCACUGCAGGACCACACAUCAACCCCAAAUCCAGUUUGUCUGCUCUGCAACUAUGCCACACAUGUUCUUUAUCACAUGCCAGGUCUCCAGUACCUCGAUACCUAUGAGGUCUCGGGAACGAAAGUCAAGGAAGUAGCCGAGGCCACUGUAAUGAAGAAAAUGAUGUACUACAACAUGCGUGUGCGCACUGCUCAUAGGGACCUUGCAGAAAUCAAGUUAAGCUUGACAGAGAAGAAGAAAAUACUGUUACAGAUACCUGAAGAAUCCAUCAGAACAAUCAACUAUACCCUGAAAAAUCUUGAACGCGACCUCUCCAAUGUGCAAGUUGGCCGUAAGAAGUCCACCUGCACAAAGGAUGAUGGACCACCUCAUCGGGUGGAGGGUUUGACUGACAGAGAUGACCAAACCACUGACCUCAAUCUUGAUCCUAAUAUGGAACAAAAAAUACUCAACAAGAUGGAUGCUCUGAGGGAGAGACUGGCGGUGUGGACCAAGAGGACUGAUGAGAUUGAAGCCUUGCAUGAAAAGGAAGUAGCUCAGGUCGAAAACAGUAUGGAUUAUACUGUCCAGUUUCUCCUGAUGGGGCUAGAAAGUGUUGGAAAUAUUCGUUUAGAAGAAGGCUGCUCCACAGACUCUUGGUUUACUCUCUGUUGCGACCUUCUUCUUUCCCGCUUCUCUCAUUCGGACUACAAGGCUCAUGGCAUUACUGGUAUUAAGACCAAUAGAGUCAUUCGUAUUCAAAACAGUGCUUUGAGGCUUCGAUUCGAGGAGAAGCUCCAUGCACUGAUCAUGGGGGAUGAAUCUGGAAUCGUUGCACAGAAUUACAGACGACGGCUGGAGUACUUGUUUUAUGUUCCUGACCCCGAAAAGAACUCUGAAAAGGAAGAAAUUUUGGACGUUUUAGAGGGUGGCUUUAAAACAGCAAAACAGUAUGAGGCCUUGGGAAGAGAGGGUGCUAUUCCUUUGUCUAAUAGCCUGAGUGUGAUUGAUCAGCCCAGAGUCGAGUAUUCACUCCUCAAGGCCGGCAAAGGAGGCCACAGGCAAAGUAUAGACAGAUCACCCUUCAGACAAGGUCAAGUUAUUAUUUCCAAAGUGUACGUGGGAAACAGCAUGCCUAUCCAAGAGGGCGAACCUGUGGACAGGAACCGCUAUCCCACUGUCUUUUCUGUGUAUCGCAAUAUAGGCGCUAAACACAGAAAUCCAGUGAAUGAUGAGAGACCUCACUCUGCCAAAGCACACAGUGGACUGGAGUGCAGUCUUCGACAAAGACAGUGGUUUAUGUUUGACAAUGAGCUCGUCUUGCCGGAGUACGUUGUGUUUUUUGAAUACAUUGCAGAGGACCAAGGGAAAACUACACAGUCAGUGUGUAGCACAGAAAGAGAUGAUACUUCUUCCAACGAUAUUAUCUUGGACAAAGAUGUCCUCAACAUGGAACCUGUGUCGAAACCACAGCCCCGAUUGUUGAACUUGAGUGAUAAAAUCUUGCUUCAGGUUGCUCAGGCCAAUGUUCUAAGUCAGAUAACAAUACUCAACCUCCAUGGAAACAGACUGAACAAGCUAAAGGACAUUUCUCGUCUAAUGGCUCUGAGGCAUCUUACCAUCAGCUUCAAUGACUUCACACGCCUGGAUGACAUUGGUCACAUGCUUAACCUUGAGUUUUUAGAUGCAAGCUAUAACCGCUUAGAGACUCUAGAGGGGCUGAGAGGGUUGGGAAAGCUCAAACAGCUUGAUGUGCGCUGGAACAUGUUGACCAAGGCCAGAGAAGAUUCGGCUGUUCUGAGAGAGCACACGCCUGUUCUAUUAAAGCUUGACUCCCGUCAUAAUCCCUGGAAAAGGCCAGAUUCAGUAAGAAUGACCAUACUGGGCCGUCUCCCAACCCUAACACACCUCGACGAUGUGCUGGUAACAGAUGAAGAGACUGUUGAAGCUGAUCAACUGGCAGCAGAGUCACAAAUUAACCAGGCAUGUGUUUUAGCUCACUCGCGUACAAACAGUGAACGUCCCAGAAGUCUCAGUCUGCUGUCAACAGCCCAGCUCCUAUGUCUCCUCACUCAGGAAACCUGGAGCCUCAGCCAAGAGCUGGAGUCAGACUGGGCUGCAAAGGUAACAGUCCUGAACCUUGAUAGCCAGAGGAUUUCUAAGGUGACCAAUCUAAAUAACCUGGUUAACCUGCGCUGGGCUUCCUUCAAUGAUAAUGACAUCUCUGAAGUCGAGGGUCUUGACAGUUGCCAGAAGCUGGAGGAACUUUCCUUCAACAAUAACAGCAUCAGCACACUUAGUGGCCUUUCUAAGCUGCAUUGCCUCAAUAAAUUGAGUCUAGAUGGAAAUCAGCUGUCCUCUCUGGAUGCUUCAGUCUUAGAGCAACUGCCCAACCUGUCCUUUCUGUCAGUGGAGAACAACUAUAUCAGUUCCCUUCAUGGCAUUCAGAGGGUCCGAUCCCUCCUUGAACUCUACAUCGGCAACAACCAGAUUUCCACAUCACGAGAUAUAUAUUAUCUGAAAGGGUUAUCAAACCUCAUCAUUCUGGAUUUGUAUGGGAAUCCAUUGGUUGAGCGACUGGAAAACUAUCGGAUAUAUGUGGUGUUUCAUCUAUCCUCCCUGAAAGCUCUGGAUGGGGUUGCGGUGGAGGGAAAUGAGUGUAAAGAUGCAAAGGACAUGUUUGAGGGAAGAUUAACAGUGGACAUGGUAGCUGAGAAGCUGGGUCUCUCUAACCCCACAGACUUACCGUACCUAAACCUGCAGUCCUGCUCAAUCAGGAGGGUUGAUCUGACUCCAGCUGAACUGUUCUGUAACCUACGCAGUGUCAACUUGAACCACAACAACCUCACCUCCUUCUCAGGCCUCAUUUACCUGCCAAAUGUUAAACAUCUGUGCUUGAACUACAAUCAAAUCGAGUCCAUCCUGCCGAAACGGAAAACUCGAGCUCAUCUGACAAACAGACAGAUACUGCACAAUAAAGUCCGCUCCAGUGGCUAUGGGCAGCAGGGCCAAUCCAAAGGCAACAGGGAUCCCGGGCCCAUUGGGAGUCUGGAACCACUGAUGGGGAGCCUGGAGGUGCUGCAUUUGAGUCACAAUGGCAUCUCCAAUAUGGCCAAUCUGCAGCUCAGCAGGCUAACAAAUCUUAAGGCACUCUUCCUUCAAGGUAACGAAAUCACCCAGGUAGAGGGCCUGGAGGGACUUCAUCAGCUAAGGGAGCUUGUGUUAGACAAGAACCGGAUCAAAACCUUUGCAGAGAACUCUUUCAUAGCCCAGACUGUUCUGUUAGAACUGCACCUAACUGAGAAUAGGAUCAGGGAGCUCAACCACCUUGAUCCUCUGAUUGAGCUCCGCAAGCUCUUCCUUGGCACGAACAAGCUGCAGGACAUCAAAGAGCUUGAUAAACUAAAGGGACUCCCUUCACUGACUGAGCUUUCUAUUGUUGGCAAUGCUGUGGCUUGCAAUCCUCUCCAUAGACCAGCAGUGGUGCUCCAUCUCUCUCAGUUACAGGUUCUGGAUGGAGUGACAAUAACUCUGGAGGAACGGACCAGGGCUGAACUCCGUGGUGCAGAUGCUCCACCAUGUCUCCAGUACCAUGGCGCUCCUCUUUCUACCACUGAAAUAAACUUACCUGGAUUACUACCCCUCAUGCCCCGUAACGCCCCUCUGAGAGGACUCAACGUAAGUGGAGGACUACAACACAUCAUGCAUGGACACGAUAUCCUACAAAGUAAUGUGGACGAGGCUCAGCCACAUUACACAUACAAGCACAAGAAGCACAAACAAAGUAAUGCUACUCGCAGUGGCCAAACUGAGAUUACCCUCAGACAAAGUCGGAGAACAGGAAACACCCUGCCAACCACAGGCCUCCUUCCUGAAGGGAACAGAGUCGGUAUGAUGUAUUCCAAUCAGGAGCCAGACAGCAGAUUUCCAAAUGGUGGGAAACCUCCACCAUAGGCCUUGAGCACAAG